UAAUAAAUGGUAAGAUUACUUUCUAUUGUAAUCCUCAUCAGUAUGAUUACCUGGGUUUUCGCCGAAAACCCAGGAUUUGUGGCUGUGAUCAAGAAACCAAUAAUCGAUAAAGCAAAGGAGAAGUACUUCAAGAGCAUCCUUGAAGUUAUAGGAAGGCAAACCAUACCUGAUUUUCAUGAUGGAGACUUAAGAAUUACCAACAUUCAGGUUUGGAUCGAAAAUGAUAAGCCUGAACAUAUGAAUAUCGGAUUUACCCCAGUUUUGAAAGAGGCAUCCUUGAGUUUAAGAGAUUCUCAGCUCAAGGUCCAAGCUAAUUGGAAGUAUUCAAAGCUACUAGUUGAUGUCACUGGUAGCGUGGACAUGAAAGGAGAGUUCACCUCCUUUGGGCUUGAUUUCUUGAUGGACAAGACAGGAGAUAAAGGUCUUUAUAUCCCUCAGCUCAGGAUCAACAAUUUCAAUAUGGAGCUGGAUGAGAACAAAUUUAACAUCAAGAUUCAUUGAUCAGGAUGUGCAGCCCCUAUUGAGGCUACAGUCACUGCGUUGUUAGAAUCAGUUCUGGUUGCUAAAGUAAAGGGAGAAAUCAGAGAUCAAUUACCGCGUAUGUCACAAUCAAUGGGUAAUGAAAUUCUCAAGAACAUGUAUCCCAAAUUUUUAGAUCUUUAUGAAAACAUUGGAAUUGCCACUGCUACCACCUCUGAGAUUAUCAUCGAGGAGAAUGGUUUUGCAGUCCCUAUAGAUGGGACGAUCUAUCCAUUCAAUGAAGAGUUCGUAAGAUCAGAGAAUACAGAAGAAAUGCCUUCGUAUGACCCAGAAGAUACAGGAGAGGUUAUUUUACAAUUCAAUCCUUACAUCGUGAAUACGCUUUCCAAAACCAUAACCUCUAAAGGAUUCUCAUACUCUGGCAGAACUCUUGGAAUCGGGUAUCAAAUUACUUUAGAUCCAAAGAGAGGACAAACCAAGAUAUAUUUUGAAGAGGAUGAUCUUCACCUAGAGCUUUAUCCAAGAAUUGUAACUAAGAUACUCCAUUGAGGAGUCCAAUUCGGAGCUGAUGUUAAGCUUGAUCCACAGAUUAGCAAGGGAAACAAUAAAAAUAUGAUGACUAUUUUCCCACAAAUCGAGAAGCUCAGGCUAAAAUCAUUGAAGUUGGUUAUUUUUGGAAUUCCGUUCGAUGCUAGUUGGCUGACAUUCUGGAUAAAUCCAAUCUUGAGAUUUUCUCUCAACUGGUUGGUAAUCCCAUCAAUCAAAGUGCCACACUUAGAUUCCUUGCCUCUGAGAGUGGCUGAUAGCUUCAUCGAGUUCCACAAGGACCGUUCUGAGGUCGGAAUUACAAUAGAUUUAUAG